AUGGUGAAAGUUGCAGUAGUGGGAGCCUCGGGGGGCAUUGGACAGCCGCUCUCCUUGUUGUUAAAGUUGAACCCUCUCGUGUCGGAGCUGGCGCUCUACGAUGUGAGAUUGGCUCAGGGAGUGGCCAAGGACCUCUCUCACAUCAGCACCAACGCCGUGUGCAAAGGCUUCGACAAGGACCAGAUAGCUGAAGCGUUGCGUGGUGCCCAUGUGGUUUUAAUUCCUGCAGGGGUACCCCGGAAGCCAGGGAUGACACGUGACGACCUGUUCAAGAUCAAUGCAGGCAUAGUGAAGGGCAUCGUGACUGCGAUCGGGCAGCAUUGCCCCGACGCGCGUAUCCUGAUCAUCUCGAACCCCGUGAACAGCACCGUGCCCAUUGCCGUCGAGACGUUGAAGGCUAUGGGUAAGUUCUACCCUGGCAACGUGAUGGGCGUCACCACCCUGGACGUGGUGCGCGCCGAGACGUUCCUCGCGGACUACCUGAUCGCUCAGAAGAAAAACAGCCUCUCCAAGCAGUUCGACAAGACCAAGAUGUACAAGGACGUCACUGUGAUCGGUGGCCACUCCGGCAACACUAUUGUCCCAGUCCUGAAGAAAAAGCCGCUAAUCAGCACCCUGGCCUCUUCGUACGACGAGUUCGUGCAGCGCGUGCAGUUUGGCGGCGACGAAGUCGUCAAGGCCAAGGACGGCGCGGGCUCUGCGACGCUAUCGAUGGCCCUCGCCGGCUACAGAUUUGCCGAACAGGUCCUCAAGAGUAUCCAUCGCGAGAACACCCCACCGAUCCCCACCUACGUCUACUUACCCGGGAUCGCCAACGGCGUCAAGGCCCAGGCAAAGCUAUCCAGCUCUCUGGAGUAUUUCUCCUUGCCCGCCAACUUGCUCGACGGCCGCGUCACCAGCGUGGACGACACAAUCCUCGACUCCCUUUCCCCACAGGAGAGGAAGCUGGUCGAACGCGCGGUCAAAGAGCUCGGUAGUAACAUAGACAAGGGCAAGAAGUUCGUUAACGGCAACGCCAAGCUAUAA